CUACGAGCUGGUACCUGCCUCUACCAGUCACCACCAUGGGGUCCAAAAGCUAUAUAAGGCCCUUCGAGGUCUCUUCCAGUCGAUCCUCAUCAUCGCAACAGACAUCAAGCAUCUACUACUACUACGAAUACAACAAUCGCAUCCACUCUACCAAUUGCAACAAACGUCUACUACAUCUAACACUACUACUAUCAUAAUAAAUCUACCUGACACAAUGUCUCUCUUCCGAACCAUCCCUACUGCUGGCGACUUCGCCCCUCUCUUCCGCCUGCUGGACGACUAUGAUCUCCACCGCUCCGGCCAAGGCUCCUCGGUGACUUCUGCUCGCACCUUUGCGCCUCGCUUCGACGUCCGCGAGACCUCGGAUGGCUACCACCUCGAUGGUGAGCUGCCCGGCAUCGCCCAGAAGGACGUUGACAUUGAGUUCUCCGACCCUCAGACUCUCGUGAUCAAGGGUCGCACCGAGCGCGAAUACCACUCCUCUGACAAUGACGAGGCCCAGAACACUCCUGCCCCGGAGAACAGCAACAACAACAACAACAACCAGGGCGAGGGCAGCGCUGUCGUCCCCUCGGGCGAUAAGCAGGUCUCCAAGAACAGGUCCAAGGCCAAGCACCACUACUGGGUCAGCGAGCGCUCCGUUGGCGAGUUCCACCGCACCUUCUCCUUCCCUACUCGCGUCGACCAGGACGCUGUCAAGGCUUCCUUGAAGAACGGCAUCCUGUCCAUUUUCGUGCCUAAGGCCGCUGCUCCUUCUUCGAAGAAGAUCACCAUCGAGUAAAGGGUGAUAUGGUGGUGCGACGAAUAACGACUUGAUGAUGGGUUUCGAAAUUGUUCCAUAGCGUGUGAUGUUCUUGCUCUGUUGUCUUCAUUCCCUUUGUUUCUUAUCUGAGCCAAAAUGCUGGGGGAGUAGUGUGUAAUAGUC